AUGGUUAUGAAUGUAGUGUCAAAGAUGCUUCUUGCUUCUUGUUUGAGUUUUCUUCCAUUAGAAUUGUGCAAUGUGCUCUCGAUUGCACUUGGAAAUACUGUGGAUUUGUGGAACGCUUUGAAUGUAUCAACAUCUGAGCUUGUGACAAUUGAUGAGGAUGUUGGUCCUGUGACUAGUGUUAGCUGGGCCCCUGAUGGCCAGCAUUUUGCUGUGGGGCUUAAUAAUUCUCGUAUUCAGUUGUGGGAUUCGACCAACAGUCGACUGCUAAGAACAUUGAAAGGAGUCCACAGAUCUUGGGUCGGCUCUCUCGCCUGGAACAACAACAUCCUAACAACCGGAGGAAUGGAUGGAAAAAUCGUAAACAACGAUGUCAGAAUCCGAUCACACGCCAUCCAAACUUACCAAGGCCCAAUCAAAGACCUCUAAAUAUGUAUACUGUGG